AAUGCAACAAUACAUGCAUUCUUUGUUUAUAAAUCUAGCUUUUUACUCUACUAUGACAAGUACAAUGAUGGCAACUAUGACUACUGCACGGACUAGAUCCUCUACAUAUGCUGUGACAACCACUGUAUUAGUGACUAGUGAAGGAAACCUUGGACUGAUAGUCAGUGUCACUGUAGUAUAUAUACUUUUUAUACUACUAGCAAUGGUUAUGAUCAUAGUUGCACUAGUAAUUGUUAUGUAUAUCAAAAGAGCUAAUAUCAAUCAAAAGAGAAAAUUGGAUAAUGACAUUGUAAUGGAAUGCAGUCCAGCUUAUGCUACAACUGAAUUCAAAACAAAAUCAACUGUUGAGCCAGUGUAUGAUACAACUGAGUCAGGGCCUCCUACUUCUCUUCCACCACCUUCUACUGAAUAUGAAACACCAACCAUUUGAUCAGUACUCAUAUUUUAUGUAGACUAGUUAGCGACGUAAAUC